AGCCUCACCCUCCCGUGUCUCUGACUCAACGCUCCCUGUUUUGUCAAUUGUCAUAGUCAGCGUGCGUCACUCAUUCCCAAACACCAAAUCCUCAUCGCCCACACAACUCCACUUUCUCUCUCUCUCUCUCUCUCUCUCUCUCUCUCUCUCUCUCUCUUUUUUUCUUUUCCAUCGAGAUUCUCUUCUCUCUUACCUACAACACUCACUGUUAUUUUCCCUGUCAAACCAAACAAAACAAAAAGAUUCAAUUCUUCUCCCUUGUUCUUAACCUCAUGGAGGGUCUUCCUCAAGGUUACCGCCCCAACGUUGGUGUCUGUCUCAUCAACUCUAAUGAUCAGAUUUUUGUGGCUUCUAGAUUGAAUGUUCCAGGAGCAUGGCAAAUGCCUCAGGGAGGAAUUGAAGAUGGUGAAGAUCCCAAAUCUGCUGCCAUUCGGGAACUUCGAGAAGAAACUGGGAUAGUAUCUGCUGAGAUAAUUGCUGAGGUUCAGAAUUGGUUGACAUAUGACUUCCCUCCUGCUGUGAAGGCUAAAGUAAAUCGUCUGUGGGGAGGUGAAUGGCAUGGACAAGCACAAAAGUGGUUUCUCAUGAGAUUAACAAAAGAUGACAACGAGGUCAACUUAGCAAAUGGUGAAGCAGAAACAGAAUUUGCAGAGUGGAAAUGGACAGACCCUGAAGAAGUUAUUGAGCAGGCAGUGGACUACAAGAGACCAACAUAUGAAGAGGUGAUAAGAACCUUCAAGCCUUACCUUCAAGGGAAUUCAAUAUCUGCCAAAUGUAAAUCUACUAAGUGGUGAAUCAUAUGUGUGUGUAUUUUAGUUCAAUCCAUCUUCAUACCUAAUUCCACUUACUGAGUUUGGAUAGCACUCAGCUAUUGUAAAUGGAUCAUAGUUAGAACUGCACUUCCCCUUUAGGUACUUGCCUUUUUGUAAUAAUAAGAUGGGUGCAAAUGCCUAAUUUAUUUUCUGAAACUUGCUGUGAGGAUGAUUGUGAAUGUGUAUAGAACUGUUCAAUAAAGUUGGAAGCAUGAUGGUGCAAGAUAGUGAUCAUGAUUUAGUACCAAAGUUCCGGGAGCAAUUUUUAUAGGAAAGACUGAAUGUUGAGGAA